GUAUAAUUAGGCGCUAUUUGCGCGGUCACACUGUUCACUAUCGCCGCGUUGUGUUUUUUUUGCCCACGAAUUUUCAUCGUUGUUUUCCCGAAAAUAUUCCGGAUUUAACCGCGCGAUGGGGGAAAGCGAUGCCGAGAGCGAUUCGAGCAGCAAUUCCAGCAGCAGCGGCACUUCCAGCGGCAGCGACAGCGACGCCAGGAGCGAAUCCUCCUCGUCGGCGAGCAGCGGGCGUGAGGAAGAGGAAGCAGAGCUGAAGCCGUCCGCCAAAGAUGCGAAAAAAAAUGAUGAUAGGGAUGGUGGGGAGGACAGCGAUAAGGAAAGGGGAGCUGGAGGGGAUGAGGAUACAGCCGAGCAGGAAAAAGUUCCAGUGGAAGACUCCCGUUCGGAGCCCAAGCAAAUUUCCCAAUCUGCUGGCGUGGAAAAGCAGCAAGAAGAAGCAGCAGCUGCAACGGCGGAAAGUGAGAAAUUAAAUGAAGCGGAAAAAGUAGAAACACCUGUCCAGCGGGAAGAAGAGGAAGCAGAAGCCACAGGUGUGACGAAAGAGCUGGAAAAACCGAAGUCCCAGACAGAGCAAGCUGGAGAAGAAGCAGAAGAGCGGGGGAAGGAGGAGCAAGAGGAGCCGGUGACCACCAAUGGAAGCGAAAAGGAAUCCCCGAAGGAAGCCGCUGGGGGAGCAGUGGAGACUUCCAAGGCGGACCAUAUCGAGGAGGGCGAAAUAACCGAUAAAGACGAUGAUGACGUGCCGCCCACUAAGGAGAGUGAGAAAUCCACCGCCGCCGCCCAGAGUAGUCCAGCCAAAGAGACCCACCGUCAACGAAGCCGCAGCCAGGAUGCCAAGGGACGUCGGCCACGAUCCUCCAGCAGGAGUCUUUCGCCCCGCAGCCGACGUCGUCAUCGCUCGCGGAGCAGGAACAGUAGAACCCGCAGCCGCAGUAUCAGUCCCAUCCGCCGUAGGUCCAAUUCCUUGGAGAGACGACGCCUGGAGCGACAGAGACGCCAUGAGGAGCGGGAUAAGCGGGAUGAGAAGAGGGCCAAGGAGCGGGAACAGCGCCAUCAAAAGCGAGAUAAAUCGACCAGCCGGCGUAGAGAUGAUUCCAGGGAACGGAGGAGGUCUUCGGAUCGCAAACGAGAUCGUUCCACCUCCAGUCCAGGAUCGAAAUCAUCUAAAACUGCUCGCCAACCAGAAGCCAAUAAUGCAGAUAAUGAAACUGUUACCGAACCUUCUGCAAAAAUAACUGAGCGUCAAAGGAAAACGGUGGAUGUUUUGACCUCUCGGACAGGAGGAGCCUAUAUUCCACCAGCUAAGCUGCGACUGAUGCAGUCACAGAUCACGGAUAAAGCAUCCGCUGCCUAUCAGAGAAUCGCCUGGGAGGCCCUCAAGAAAUCCAUCCAUGGUUACAUCAACAAAGUGAAUGUAACCAAUAUAGCAAUCAUCACCAGGGAGCUGCUAAGAGAGAAUAUCGUCAGGGGAAGGGGUUUACUCAGCAGGAGUAUCAUUCAAGCACAGGCUGCUUCGCCCACUUUCACCCAUGUCUACGCCGCUCUGGUGAGCAUUAUAAACUCAAAGUUUCCGAAUAUAGGAGAGCUCCUGCUCAAACGUCUCGUCAUCCAAUUUCGUAGAGCGUUCCGCCGCAACGAUAAGUUGGUUUGCAUGUCGGCCACCAGAUUCAUUGGUCACCUGGUCAACCAGCGCGUGGCCCAUGAAAUUCUGGCCCUUGAGAUCCUCACGCUGCUGGUGGAAACGCCCACGGAUGAUUCGGUGGAGGUGGCCAUCAGUUUUCUGAAGGAGUGCGGCAUGAAACUGACCGAGGUUUCCUCCAAAGGCAUUGGCGCAAUCUUCGAGAUGCUGCGGAACAUCCUGCACGAGGGCAAACUGGACAAGCGAGUGCAGUACAUGAUCGAGGUGCUGUUCCAGGUGCGAAAGGAUGGCUUUAAGGACCACCAGGCGGUUGUUUCCGAACUCGAACUGGUGGAGGAGGACGAUCAGUUCACGCACCUGAUGAUGCUAGACGAAGCCACCGAAACGGAGGAUAUACUGAAUGUUUUUAAAUUUGACGACAACUACGCGGAGACUGAGGAGAAGUACAAAGGACUGAGUCGCGAGAUCCUGGGCAGCGAUGAUGGCAGUAGUUCUGGGUCAGGAUCCGGAUCGGAUUCGGAUAGCGAUUCGGAUGGAGAAUCCGGUUCGGAUGCGGAAAAGAAAACCGAAGCUGGCGGCGAUAUUAUCGACAACACUGAAACCAAUCUGAUUGCCCUGCGACGCACAAUUUACUUAACAAUUAACUCUAGUUUGGACUAUGAGGAGUGUGCCCACAAGCUGAUGAAAAUGCAACUGAAACCCGGACAAGAAAUUGAGCUCUGCCACAUGUUUCUCGAUUGCUGUGCGGAACAGAGAACAUAUGAAAAGUUCUACGGGCUUCUGGCCCAGCGGUUCUGCAACAUUAACAAGAUCUACAUACCCCCCUUUGAGGAGAUCUUCAAGGACACCUAUCAAACCACACACAGAUUGGACACAAAUCGCCUGAGAAACGUUAGCAAGUUCUUCGCCCAUCUCCUGUUUACCGACGCCAUUAGUUGGGAUGUGCUCGAGUGCAUCCAACUGAACGAGGAUGACACCACUUCGUCGAGCAGGAUCUUUAUAAAAAUCCUAUUUCAGGAGCUAGCUGAGUACAUGGGUUUGGGAAAACUAAAUACAAAGCUCAAGGAUGAAGUUUUGGUUGAAAGCCUGGCUGGUUUGUUCCCCAAGGAUAAUCCAAGGAAUACCCGCUUCUCCAUUAAUUUCUUUACCUCCAUUGGCUUGGGUGGACUGACCGAUGAUUUAAGAAGAUUCUUGAAGAAUGCCCCCAAGGCUGUGCCCGCAAUAAAUGCUGAAAUCCUGGCCACUGCCGGAGGAAAUCCUUUCAGAGAUGGUUCUGCUCCCGCUGGAAAUUCCAAGAUAGCCCCACCUUCGUCGUCCUCUUCUUCGUCGUCGUCAUCUUCGGACUCUAGCAGCGAUGACUCCAGUGAAGGAGAAUCUAGUUCCGAAUCUUCUAGUGAAUCUUCAAGCUCCGAUUCUAGCUCAGAACCCCAGAAGAAACGCAAGCGCAAAGACAAGGACAAGAAGAAAUCGAAGAAAGCAAGUAAGGAGAAGUCCAAAAAGGGAAAGAACAAAAAGGUGGAGAAGAAAAAGAAGGCGGAGAAGGAAAAACAGAAAGCUGAGAAGGAAAGGGAAAAGGAGAAGCAAAAGGAACGGGAGAAGGAAAGGGAGAAAGACAAAAAGCGCGAAAAAGAGAAAAAGAAGGCAGCCAAAAAUAAAUCAAAGCGCAAAAGGAAACGCCCGGAGAGCUCGAGUUCCAGCAGUAGCGAUGGCAGCGAAAAGUCCACGUCCGAAUCUUCUUCAUCGAAUUCUUCUAGCGAAGAAAGCGAAGCUGAGCCCCAGUCAAAGAUUAAGCGCCAGGAGCAGAUUCAAAAAAACAACAAAUUUCGUGGACAACCGCAAGAUAGUGACGAAUUCAACCUGGAAGGUCCUGAAUCUAGAGAACGCGACCGCAAUCUGUCGAAUGGUAAUGGCCAGAGACGCAGGGACAACUCCUUUGGCAGAGAUCGAAAUCGAGACCGAGAGAAUUCUUCAUAUGACAGAGAAAGAAACAGGGACAAUUCAUAUGACAGAAAGAGGAAGGUCCAGAAGUCGGUCUCCCACGAUAGGCAAAGAAAACGAGAUAGGUCACUAUCGAAUGAGAAACCUCGCAGAAGAGAGAAUUCUUCGCCCCGCGAGAGACGCGUUGAGAAGAAGAGUCGUGGUGAAAAAGACAAUCGACGCGGUGAUCGUUUGUCCAGAGAUGAGAGGUCGGAUCGUGGAGAGAGAUCAGAUCGUGGAGAGAGAUCAGAUCGAGGAGAAAGGUCAGAUCGUGGAGAGAGGUCAGAUCGCGGUGGUCGUCAAAAAGAUCGUGAUCGUGACAGGGAUGGUGAUUUCAAGAGGCAAAGGGGUCGAGAGAGGGAGCGUGACCGGGAACGCGUUCAAUCUCGUGAUCGUGACCGUGACCGCUCGCGAAGAGAGCGCAGUUCACACCGUUCCAAGGGGCGUGGCUGAAGUUGGAGACUGGACUGGAAACCGAGACGAAACCAAGGCAUAUACAAAAUUGUGUUAAAUAUUUUACUUUUACAUGUGUACAAAGAAAAACCCACUAAGCUGAUAAAACAAAAAUAAAUGUACAAAAUGCAACUGUCAAA